GAGGGUGGUGAUUCAGUAAACUCAGAGGACAUGGGUGACUAUUUAUAUAACUCUGUAAUGGGAGCCUGAGCAUGUGUUUCUGUCUGUCAGGCUACAUGAUCAACUGAUGGACACACAGAGGCUCACUUGCUUUCUCUUUCAUUGCCCUAUAUCCUGUCUUUUCCGGUCAGGACACCAGUUGUUUUGUGGAAUUUAUCUAUUUUCAUGUUUUAUCUGCAAGGUUAAAUAGUCUUAACCUUCAGUCCCCUCAUCCUUUUGGACCUUCUGUUUUCUCUUUUUGGGAUUUUUCUUCUUUUUUUCCAGAUUGCCUGAUCUUCUGUGUGCAUAUCAACCCUUGCUUUACCCCUGCUCUCCUUUUCCUUUUCUCCCACUGUCCACUGUUCCCUGUAUCCUUGUGCGUGGCUUUGGGCUAUGCUCUCUUCACCCACUGUGAUCCUCCAGCCUUAUGGACUCCCUGUGUACCCACAGACAACCACAUGCUACCCCAGCAUAGUUCAGGGAGGCCCCACCCAGGAGGCUGUCCCUGGCAGUGGCGACCCUGCCCUGCCCGGUCCACCUCCCCCUUACCCCCCGCCAAGUCAAGGUCCACCAACAUCUGCGGGCAGGCUGCCACCUCUUGACUUUAGCUCGGCACAUCCCAGUUCAGAGUAUGCCGACCAUCCCCAGCUCAGAGUUUAUCAGGGCCCUCAGCACGAAGGCGCAGAGAGCCUGACACCCAGUACCACGGAGGAAGCGUUGGCCCCCGUGACCUCUGACCCCCAGGCUCUGAGUGUGUCGGUGUCUUCCGGAGGUGGAGCAGGAAGUGGAAGUGAGGAGGAUGGGUCAGGUAAGGCCCAACCAAAACGCCUCCAUGUCUCCAACAUCCCAUUCCGCUUCAGAGACCCUGACCUCCGCCAGAUGUUUGGGCAAUUUGGCAAGAUUCUUGAUGUAGAAAUUAUCUUCAAUGAGAGGGGCUCCAAGGGCUUUGGAUUUGUCACUUUCGAAAGUGCAACCGAGGCUGACCGAGCACGAGAAAAGCUGAAUGGGACGAUUGUGGAAGGGAGAAAGAUUGAGGUUAAUAAUGCCACUGCAAGAGUGGUUACCAAGAAGCCUCAGACGCCUCUCGUGAACAGUGAAAUUUCAACUUCUGGAUGGAAGAUCAACCCUGUCAUGGGAGCCAUGUAUGCACCUGAGCUCUAUACAGUUGCCAGUUUCCCAUACCCUAUGGCGACUCCCACCUUGGCCUACAGGGGCUCUACACUGCGUGGGCGAGGCCGAGCCGUCUACAACACAAUUCGUUCUGCUGCAGCUACACCUGCUGCUGUGCCUGCCUACCCUGGGGUGGUGUAUCAGGAUGGACUGUAUGGAACAGAAGUCUACGGUGGUUAUCCUACAGCCUACAGACUGGCUCAACCAGCAUCUGCUGCCACUGCAACCUACAGUGAUGGGUACGGGCGGGUUUAUGCUACAGCUGCAGAUCCUUAUCACCACUCAGUUGGACCAACAACAUCAUAUGGAGUUGGUACAAUGGCCAGUUUGUACAGAGGAGGAUACAACCGCUUCACACCGUACUGAGACUGAGGGAGACGAGGUUUCUCUUGAACUCUGGGAUGGAUUGACUGAUCUACGGAUGCUGCAGGACAGGUUAUGAAAUCCCUAUGGGGAAGUGGUUUUACCUCGUCUUCAUCACAACCUUCCCUCAAGAGACUAAACAGACUGAAGCUGUAAAUACUGCAGGACAUGUUCACUGAAUA